GAAUUUCUCUUCCGUAAACAGAGGGGACACAGAAAGAAACAAUACAACUAGCAUGUUAUGUUGACUCUCUUUUAAUAACAUCCAUUCCAAUCAAUCAUGCUCACAACAAAAUAUUAACCUUUUCUUUCUCUCUCUCCCUCGUUGUUUUUGCCGCUAGUACUACUUGUUUGUGAUCAAACAAGAACGAACCUCUCACCUUCCUCUUUUCCAAUACAAUCUGCCACCUUUUUCGGAUAUAAAUUAUUCAUCUCCUUAUUUUUAGCAAUUUCACUUUUUUUUUAGCAAAAUCUCUAUCCUCGUUGUAUUUUAUUUUUUAUUUUUUUUGCUUCCCUUCGGUUAAUGGAGGAGAAGGUGGUGGUUUGAAUUUCAUUUCAUCAAUCUUCUCCUACUAACCAGAAAAUGGAAGAAAAUCUUUGUCUAUGAAGGGAAUUUUUUGAUUUCUUAUUCAUUUUUGGUAUGAUUGUAAAUGUUGUAUUAGGAAAUAGGAAAAUUGGGUGCUUUUUCAUUCUUUAAAAGGAAUAUUCACAUUUUGAUGUCAGGAACACGAUAUCCGCUUCGUGAAUUGUGGAUUCUUCUUUAAGUUUGAGACACAGGAAUUCUACUGUUGCCUUGGUUUAAGGUUUGUGGAGAAAACCUCAAGAAUCCUGUGAGGGUGGUUUUGACAGUUGCAACCAAUUUCUUUUGAUGUUAGAGAAAUCUUAUUGAUUUGUUGUUCGUUUGGUGGAUUGAAUAAAUGAGUGAAUGAUUGUAUAUAUAAACAUUUUGAAUUGAUUAAGGUUUGAAGAUUUCACGUCAGAGAAUUUUGUCAAAGAGUGAAAUUUGGGAUUUUUUUUUUUUUUAAUAAGGCUGUGUGUGAAGGAACCUUGGCCCUGAUUCCAAUUUCUUGAUUAUAGUUAAUUGUUGUGUUGAUUAAUAAUUAUUGAGGAACAUGAAAUUUCUAAGCCUGGUUGGGAAUUCUUUUGGAUGUUCUGCAUCUGGGGAGAGACUAGUUUCUGCAGCAAGAGAUGGUGAUGUUCAAGAGGCUAAGGCCUUGUUGGAAUAUAAUCCACGUCUUGCAAGGUAUUCGACUUUUGGAGUUCGUAAUUCUCCUUUGCAUUACUCUGCAGCUCAUGGCCACCAUGAGAUAGUGUAUCUCUUGCUUGAGUCUGGUGUUGAUAUUAAUCUCAGGAAUUAUCGUGGUCAGACUGCAUUGAUGCAAGCCUGCCAACAUGGUCAUUGGGAGGUGGUUCAGACCCUGAUUAUUUUUAAAGCUAAUAUUCAUAAAACGGAUUACCUGAAUGGAGGUACUGCCCUCCAUUUGGCUGCUUUAAAUGGCCACACUCGGUGCAUUCGGCUAAUCCUUACAGACUAUAUACCAAGCAUCCCUAACUUUUGGGAUAUAUUACAGGCAGGUGAUCAGAUAUCAAUCUCAGAAUUUGAUCAAAGUGGUGUUUGCGAGGUAAUUAACAAAACUUCUGAUGGAGGCAUCACUGCGCUGCAUAUGGCAGCAUUGAAUGGCCAUGUUGAAAGUGUGCAGUUGCUCUUGGACUUGGGAGCUUCUGUGUCCGAGGUUACCGCAGAGGAUGGAACUACUAUUGAUUUAAUUGGUUCUGGGAGCACUCCACUCCAUUAUGCAGCUUGUGGUGGAAAUGCACAAUGUUGUCAACUAUUGAUUGCCAAGGGUGCUAGUCUGACAGCUGAGAAUGCAAAUGGAUGGACUCCCUUGAUGGUUGCUCGUUCAUGGCAUAGAAGUUGGCUUGAGGACACCUUAAAAGAACCUCCAGCCGAAAAUUUACAAGUUCUUCCUUCGCCAUAUAUAUCUCUUCCACUUAUGAGCAUUGUAAAAAUUGCUAGAGAAUGUGGCUGGAGGACAAGUGAAUUAGCACCUAUAUGCUUAGAUCCAUGUGCAGUUUGUUUGGAAAGAAAAUGUAUGGUCGCUGUAGAAGGUUGUGAUCAUGAAUUCUGUACACAGUGUGCCUUGUACCUUUGUUCCACAAACUCAACUUCAACAAGAACAAAUGGUCCCCCAGGUUCAAUAGCUUGUCCUCUAUGUCGCCACAGUAUAGUCUCAUUUGUUAAGCUUCCAGACACAAGACCACUACCAAAAGUAAUGCAAAGGUCAACAACAAACUUGUCCUUAACAUUUUGCACGUGUUCAAGUGAAGUUCUUGGUGAUUCCACAGACAUGACGACACCAUUUUGCAAACCAAUAACUUCACGUGGAUCCAAAUUUUCUUCCCCUUCAAGAAGAUUUCGUUCUUUGAGUUGUCAAUUCUCUUCAUUCAGACUCAACUCUAGUCUUUGUUUGGGAGCUGAUGUUACUCCUUCAUUGGUUCCUUGCACAAGUGCUAGUAGAAGGAACCAUUUGACAAGAUGUUCUGGUUCUGGUUUUGGAAGAUCAAGUUCUCAAACUGAGAGAAGGAAAUCAUCUUGGUUUUGUUCUUUCAAUCAAUCCGUUUCUACAGGAAGUGGAUGCUGAUUAAUUAAUUAUUCCUUUUUGGUUCUUUUUAUGCCAUUCCUUUUACCUUUACAACAAUAUUAAAGCAAAAUAUAAGAAAUUCUAAGUUAUAUAUACAUGAUGGAUUUUAAAUAUCAUCAACUGUUGCCACAUUAUUAGCUUGUGAAUAACAUCACAAUUGAUGAACAAGCAUUCUUUUGUUUUGGCAACAUUAUAAUAGUCUUUUUUGUUUCAUGUUCA